CUUGAAUUCAUAUCACUUAAUAAUCUUUUCACACUUUUACACUUGGCCUUUAUAUACUUGGCAAUGAUGACGUGAAGCUUCGAAUCGUUUUCCAACGGAAAUUACCAAAGUCAAAUCCAUUCGAAAACGUCGAAAUUUAAGCCUGUAAAAGAAAAUUCCGUGAAUUUGCCCAGACAUAUUAACAAAAUAUUUUAUUUCUAUUUUAAAAUAUUGCCACAUCCAAAUAAAUCGAAAGAAAAUGUCUUUAUCAAACUUCUUUUUCGGUGAUCCAGAAGAAGAUCCAAUAUUUAGUCACACUAUGAAUUCGAUGCGCCAAAUGCAAAAUCACAUGAUGAGUAACAUGUUAACAGACCCGUUUCGAAUGUUUGGAAUGCCCAGUUUUGGUGGAUUUGGCCUUGCACCACGACAAAUGCACAGUUCACCUUUUCCUGGGAUGAAUUUGAAUCGACUUCUUGCAGGAGGGCCAGAACAUGGUGUUUCAUAUAGUAGCAGCAGUGUUUUCUCUGUGACGUCUUCAGGAACAGAUGGCCGUCCACAAGUGUAUCAAGAAACAAGCUCAGUUAGAAGUGGACCCGACGGCCUCAAGGAAACUCGAAGAACUGUUCAGGAUUCCACAACAGGGAAGAAAAAAAUGGCAAUUGGUCAUCACAUCGGCGAACGAGCUCAUGUCGUUGAAAAGGAACAGAACUUACACACAGGAGAACGUGAAGAGCGCGAAGACUUUAUCAAUCUUGAUGAAUCCGACACUGAAGAAUUUGAAAGAGAUUUUGAACAAAAAUCUUUACAUAAUGCACCCGGUCGUCAAAGAUGUCAAAUUGAAGAAAUUUCAUCAGAACCAUUGCUUGCUAUUCAAUCUUCCGAAGAUAUUCAGCAUCAACAACAACAACAGCAACGCAAUCGAUUGGCAACACCAAGAAGAUCCUAUCAAAUAAGACCGUCUCCAUCACCGCUUACAUUGCCGUCAACAUCAAGGCAUGAAACAUCGCCAAGCUUGCACCCUCAUCCAUACAACCCACAACAAACGAGAAAGAAUCGUUCGUCGAAAUUAAAGGGUCAACAAAGCAGCAGUCAUCAUCAUCACCACUAAAGCUUCUUCUUCUAAUUCCUCCUUCGUUCUACAACAUAAAUAAGUAAAUAAAAGAUGUGUGGGAGGGUUUGGGAUGGACAUCUUUGAAGAUGUUAUUCAACUUUCUUUUUUUUCGAUCCCUUAACUACUUACUCAAUCGUAUGAAGAAUUAAUCGAAUCAUGUGAAGGGUUUGAAGAUGUUAUUAAUGACAUGUGUUUGAUUUCGAAAGAUGAAAGAAUUUUUUUUGCUUAAAUUGUUUUCGUUAAGUUACAAACAAGAAAUGAAAGAAGAAAGAAUUGGGAAAAUAGAAUUAUAAAUAAUUAAUUAAAUAGGAAGAUGAAAAGUGUGUCGGGCAUUUUUGACGAUUAGAAAAAGCUUUUAAGAUGAUUGCAAUGACACUUUCGAUAAAUUUAAUAAUUUUUUUCUUCUUUCUCUUUUAAAUUUAAUUUCUCAGGAAGGUGAAAAUGUUCAGUGAAGACGGUAAAGCCUUUGUUGAUAAGGGAUAAAUAAGCUCACAAGAUAUGUGUGGGUGAUAACACAAAUGACAGGAAGCAUGAAAGAAACAGUCAAUAAUGCUUGUCGAUUUCAAUGAACAUUUUUAUUCAAAAGAGAAAUCCUUUAGCUAGUAAGUUUAAAUCAAUUUAUGUCUAAUGUUUUCUUCUUCUCUCAAUGUAUUUGAACUUUUUUCCAACAUUUCAAUGCAAAUGAAAGAAAAGAAAAACGAGUGAGUGAGAGGGGAAGAAAAUCAAUUCCCGGGAAAAUAAUUUUGCGUGAAAUAAGUUCGAGUUUGAAUUCCAAUUAUGAAUGAAAAAUUUAUUUUAAAUAUUUCUCGAUAUACGAAAAUAAACAUGAAAAGAAUGUGAAAAAAAGUGCACAAUCAACUCGUUGUAAUUAUUCAAC